AGUCUAGGUGAGGCUGAGUAUAACCAACCAAGAUCGCUGCUUAACUUCAUUCAUUUAGUUAGAACAUAAGAAACUAAUUUUGCCUAACAAAACAGUUGGAACACAAGAAUUUUACAAAAAUCAUAUAACUCCUACGUAUUUCGACAGGAAUUCCUGCAUAAGAACUACAUAGAAUUCUUGCGUUCCAGACGGGGCUCAGCGAAAGCAAAUCGACAGCCACCAGCUCAGUUUCACAUCACCCAGUGACCAGUGAUCACAAAGCGCCAUCAUGGUGAAGGACGGCACCGCCGAUGAAAGACAGGACCUGCUCCUCCCCUCGUCGGCGGCGAUGCCAGAGCCAGACGCACCACGCUGGAACAGGUUCGCCUUCAUCUGCGCCACGCUCGCAUCCAUGACCACCAUCCUCAAUGGCUACAAUCUUGCGCUGAUGAGCGGCGCGCAGCUGUUCAUCCGGGAGGAUCUGGGCCUCACCAACGCCAAGAUCGAGGUGCUCACAGGGUCCAUGAACUUGUUCAUGCUGGUGUCCAUCCUCGGCGCUGGAUGGGUGGCCGACCUCCUGGGCCGCCGGGGCACGCUCUUGCUCGCCAACGCCUUCCUCAUGGCCGGCGCCCUCGUCAUGUCGCUCGGCGGCAGCUUCGCCGCCCUCAUGGCCGCGCGGUUCGUCACCAGCAUCGGAGCAGGGUUCUGCCGCGUCGUUGCUCCGGUGUACAACGCUGAAAUCUCGCCGGCCUCCACGCGAGGCAUCUUGUCCUCCUUGCUCGACUUGUUCGUCAACGUCGGCAUCCUGCUUAGCUACGUGUCGAACUACGCCUUCGCUGGCCUGCCGGUGCACCUCGGCUGGCGCGUCAUGUACGCCGUCGGCGUGCUCCCGCCCGUUUUCCUUGCUGCGGGCGUGCUCGCCAUGCCGGAGUCGCCGCGGUGGCUUGUGAUGCGCGGCCGCCACGAUGACGCGCGCGCGGUGCUUGUGCGCACCUCGGAUACCUCAGGCGAGGCCGACCUCCGCCUCGAGGAGAUCAAGCAAGCAGUGGCUGGACCGCAGGCUGCCGGCGGCGGCGGCGGCGUGUGGAAGGAGCUGUUCGUCCAGCCGUCGGCGAGUGUGCGUCGCAUCCUCAUCUGUGCGACCGGGCUGCAAUUCUUCCCCCAAGCGUCAGGCAUCGACGCCAUCGUGUUGUACAGCCCUCUGGUAUUCAAGAAAGCCGGCAUGACAUCCAACAACGCAGCCCUGGGCGCCACCGUGGCCAUCGGGGUGGUCAAGACGUGCUUCAUCCUCGUGGCCACGCUCUUCUCCGACCGCCUCGGCCGACGCCCGCUCCUCCUCGCCAGCACCGCGGGCGUCGCCGUGACGAUGAUGGCUCUCGCCCUAACCCUCUUAGUCGGCGCGACAUCUGCGGCGACAGCGGCGGCGUGCCUCGCAUUGGCGUUGGCCAUCGUGGCGACGUUCUCCAUCGGGUUGGGGCCGGUGGUGGCCACCUACAGCUCGGAGAUCUUGCCGCUGCGGCUGCGCGCGCAGGGCGCUAGCCUGGGCGUGGCGGUGAACCGGCUAACGUGCGGGGUGGUGACCAUGACGUUCAUCUCGCUCGCCGAUUGCCUCACCAUGCCUGGGUGCUUCUUCCUGUAUGCCGCCGUGGCAGCGGCUGCGUGCGCAUUCGUGUACGUGCGGCUACCAGAGACAAGGGGACGAAGCCUAGAGGACAUGGAUGUUCUCUUCUCCAAGUGAUCACGACAUGGAUUGUUUGUUUCAGCCACAACGGCUUGUUGGGCUUCGUGCAGGAGGCGAGCAGCGGCAUUGGCCACCGUCGCUCCUGCACCAUGGUGGCGACACGUUUUCGACCUGGCUGGCACAGCAUUGGAUUCAUGUAGGAUAUGAAGAUUUUAAACUAAAAUAAAG